CAAUUGCUGCAGAGUUCUUGAUCGUCAACGUAGGCUUUCCUGUCCAAAAUGCUCACACGCUCUAGUGCGCCGCAGCGGCCUGCUGGCGUUGCCGCGUCCAGGUCUGUUCGCGCUGUGCGAACCACUAUCACUACACGUCUGCCAAUCUUGAAGGCAGCGGCAACAGAGGCCAAAAAGGAGGUCGACGUGUCGGUGGAAGACGAGUACAAUGGACCCGAUAUUGCCCCCAGCACCCAGCAGGUGGCUUCCUUCCUCAAUACGUUGUGCAACGAGACGGAAAUCGCUGAGAUGCACCUGAAGAUGGGUAAUUUUGAGCUGAAAGUCAAGCGCAGCGUCGCUGGGAGUGCUGCUGCAGCUCCCUUGUACGCCUCUACUGUGGCCCCUGCAACGCCCGCGGAGCCCGUGGUUGCGUCGAGCCCGCUACAGUCCGUUGAGGCGCCCCCACCUGCCAGCGUGGAGGACACCGUGGACGAGAGCUUGGUGUAUGUUACCUCACCGAAGGUUGGCACGUUCCGGCGUGGAAAGUAUGCAGGCGGCAAGCGUGUGGGCAAGGGCAACUGUGCCGAUGUGAACGCGCCAGUUAAGAAGGGUCAGACACUUGGGUACGUGGAGCAGCUGGGCACUUUCGUGGAAGUUAAGGCGCCGAUUGCCGGCGAGCUGGUCAAGGUGCAUUUGGAGGACGGUGCACCGGUUGAGUAUCAGCAGUUGAUCUUUGAGGUGGCGCCAUUCUUCGGCGGGCAUAUCAUCGGGGAUAGCAAGUAUGCCUAAGACGUACUAGCGUGAUGGGGUAACGGGGUGGUGAUGGGGUGGUGGUAAUAAUAACGAUGGCAGAUUUUAGGAGGAAUGAUAUGAUGCGUCAUUUGGAAUGAACUUAAUGGAAUGGUUGUGUACGACAUUAUUUGACAUUUUUCCCAAACGAAAUUGGUUUCAGAAUCGUGUAAUCGCAUGACGCUACACGUGUACUCGCUUUGUUUCUAACAAUGAAAAACAACCAACACCUUUCGUACAUUACAGACUGAAACUCUUACCGGAUUUAUUACGUAACCUCAACUGGUAGGGCACAAAUGGAAGAUGGUACAAACCUCGUAAGACAUGUAACAUACUACCCAACUUAUUACUUUUCCUACCUACAGUUUAGUUAAACCAAUACAGGCCACCAAGCAAAGAAAUAUCUUUACAUCGUUUGAGUGAAACAACAUACUUGCUUCCAACUACAAGUAACGACCUGUAUCCAAGAACAAUGUAACCGGCCAAGUAAAACAGAUGGAGUGGAAUAGUUGCCCAAUAGACGUCUUGAAGUUGUCGUUCGGCAUGUGGACAUCAAGUGCCGAACUCACCGAAACCUGCGAUCUGGGUUGUUAAAUCGUAUAAACAAAGUAUGCAGUCGGCAGAUUGUAACAACCUUGGAUAAUCGACCGAGAAUAUCACGCCGUCCCGCGUACACUGGCAGCGUAGCAAUAUUCGAGUGAAACCCUCCGCACAGGUGAAUUUCGUUAUAGCCCCUCGAAGACACGCAGACCCUUUGCUCCGUCCAAGUUUACAACGCCUUAACCCGCUUGGAGGGCUUUAUGCACAGGCCUCCGUGACAACUGCAGCGCACGCUGCCAUGAAUGUCCAAAACAGGCUUCGACAGCACGUGUGUAUGGAGACUGUUACAUACGGUACGGACGGCGCCCCCGUUGGAAGUGCCAGAAUUAUAAAUCCCUCAGUUUGUCAUGCAACGUUUCCCCCGUCGAUCUUACCACGAACCCAGCCCGUGUCUUACUGGUGCACCGCUGCCGGCGUCAGGCGGGCCCCUGCGGGCGCAGGUUGGAAGCUUUGCACCUGAAGGAGGGCUCGGCCGUUGAGAACCGCCAGACGAUUCCAGGGGUUCACCGCUGUGCGGCCGAGGUUGCUCCAUUCCUCGGCACGGGCAUGUCGGGGAGAAAAUAUACGUAUGGUAAGCGGGAAUGCGGGGUGAGUAAAGAGGACACCGGCAAUCGGGACCUCUCGACAUCUGCUGGCGGCAACUCCACUUUGCCCCCAUCUCGCAUGUACACAAUGUCGCUUUGGGUAUGACGGCAAACGAUGCUGUUCGAACCAAUGUAAUGAUGCGCACUACGCGCUUGCUGUAGACUUCGCUUCACCGGACGUCUCCCUUUGCAAUGCGCACCCAAAACACAGCGCAUUCCAUAAACUACGCGUCGCCCAGCUGCAGAGUAAGGUCAUGCCCCUUCAGUUGGGAACUCAUGCCAAAGCACAUUUUGAAGACGGACCUUCGCAUGCAACGGUAACGCCAUUCCUCAUUUCAUCCAAUCGUUCCCGCGUGCGGGGCAUUCUGGGCUCCCGCAAGAGCAAUCUAAAUUGCCAAUCAUGGCUGUUGUCCCCGUUUCUAGUUGCGUGCGGCCCAUAUUCCAGACCGGCACAAACUAAAACCCAAAAAAUUGUCUUAGAUUGUAGCGAACAGACAGAAGCUUGCGCGUGCAAUGCCAACUUUAAACCCUUGGCAGAUCCACUCUCGCUCAGAAACCCCUCCCUCAUCCCUGAUGCGGAAGCUCGCAAGACCUAUACAGAUUCAUCUGGGGGAGCGUGCUCGCGAACAGGGCCGCACUUAUCGCCAGCGACCCACACACCGACGAGGGAGGGCAUUAUCCUUCAUGCUGCAACUUGUUCAACCCUUAGGACAAACAUUCUGAGACACGCCUGCUGUACUUAAGCAUGCAAAUACUCGACCAACUACGGGUAAUAGUAGUUUUGGUUAGGUAACAUUGGUCCCACAAGGGCCGCAUGCCGAGGUGGAUGGUGGGGACAGUGAUAGCACUAGCGCCUCAUUCAGUAGC